AGUGUGUCACGCUGUCAUGGACCCGAAGAGGAAGCCUUUUGCCAGCAGAAUGCACACAUUUCACACUAUCUUGGAUGAGCACACACUGCCGAAGUCAGAAUGAAUGACAUGAACCUCAGCCCUGUUGGGAUGGACCAGUUAAGUGUGCCCGCUGUGAGUGCCAGUCAUCUGGGUCUACCCACCUCCCCAACACACAACCCCAUCACUACGCCAGGCAUGUCUGUGGCUAUACCCAGCCUGGGGCCCUCUCUUGGGUCUCUGCCCUCUGCUCUGUCGCUCAUGCUGCCAAUGGGUCCUCUUGGUGACCGGGGGGUCAUGUGUGGCCUUCCAGAGAGGAACUACUCGUUACCUCCCCCCCCCUACCCACACCUGGAGAGUAGCUACUUCAGACACAUACUGCCAGGUAUCCUGUCUUACCUGGCAGACCGGCCUCCCCCUCAGUACAUUCACCCCAGCAGUCUGAACAUGGACGGGACUCUCUCUGUGUCCAGCCAGAACCCCUCAGGGCUGGACCCUUACAGUGGCCCUGGAGGCCCUCUGGAACAGGGCCUGGUGUCCCUGGACUCCCGUCAGGUCAGUGGCCAGGGAGACCUCCACCAGGGUGGGGGCCACGAGGUGCAGCUGGACUCCACAGGGCUGAACAUGGAGUCCCGGGUCAGCAGCCCCAUGUCCCCAGACAGGAUGGGAGAGGACCUGGCCAACAUGGAGGGGGUGGUGGGGGCUGAGAACCAACAGCAGCUGGGAGGGAGGGGCCAGAACCACGAGGGCCUGGGAAGAGUUGAGUCCUCUGGGGGCGUGAUGCCCCUGCACGGGCCUGGCCUGGAGCUUCCUGUGGGGAUGGAGCCAGAGCACCUCGGGGGCCGGGUGGGGAACUCAGGGGGAGGCGGUCUGGGGGAGUCUUUACACAGCUCAGGGGAGCUGAACUCUGGGGUGGUGAGUGUGGUGCUCACCCAGUCCCAGCUGGAGCCUGUGUCCCUCCAUGGUCAUUCGGGCAUGGGCCUAGAGCCGGUGAACGUGUCCCCCAUCACGGCAGAGGUGUCCAUGGGGCCAGAGAACAGCCUGUUGCUGGUCAACUCCACCCUGCAGCUGGAGGACUCCACUUCCAACAAGGAGAAUAUGGUCACUGCCUUCACCAUCUGGUGUACGCUGUGUGAGCGCUCGUAUCCCUCCGACUGCCCAGAGCACGGCCCAGUCACCUUUAUCCCAGACACGCCCAUCCAGAGCAGAGCGCGACUGUCACUUCCUCGCCCGCUCUGCCUCCGCAUCUCUGUAGCUGAUGAGCCUUUUGGAGUGUUUGCUCGGGACAUCAUACCUCCCAGGACCUGCUUUGGACCCAUGGUGGGUCAGCACUGUAGCAACGUAGACCUGCAAGACUGGCCAGACAAGGACACCCCUCAGAUAUGGAAGAUGUUCCACAACAACGUACUGGAGUUCUGUAUCGUGACCACAGAUGAGAAUGAAUGCAACUGGAUGAUGUUUGUCCGCAAGGCAAGGACCAGAGAGGAGCAGAACCUGGUGGCCUACCCCGACAACGGGAAGCUGUUCUUCUGCACGUCCACUGAGAUCCUCCCAGACCAGGAGCUGCUCUUCUACUACACCAGGGACUACUGCAGGCAGAUGGGGGUCCCUCAGGUCCCAGAGGGCCAGGUGUGCCAGUGCGGCAAAGAGUGCCAGUCCUUCGCCGAGCUCAAGUCCCACCUGAGCAGCCACAACAACCACGGCCAUUCCCACAGCCCCAGCCAGGACCACCACCAGGAGGGCAAGCUGCCCAGCGGUACCUCCAUCUCCUCCUCAUCCCCCUGGGCCUGCCACUCCCACAACAGCAGCCUCUCUCAUAACACUAACAACUCUGGCUCCAACACACACAGACACUUGCUUGAGAGGAAGUACAAGUGCAGUAUGUGCUCGCGGGCGUUCACCACGUCCACUAAGCUCAACGUGCACUUCAUGGGACACGUGGGGAUGAAGCCGCACAAGUGUGAAUACUGCAGCAAGGCCUUCAGUGAUCCGAGCAACCUGAGGAUGCACCUCAAGAUACACACAGGUCAGAAGAACUACAGGUGUAAUGUGUGUGAGAAGUCGUUCACUCAGAAGGCCCACAUGGCGUCUCACAUGGUGAUUCACACGGGGGCCAAGAACUUCAAGUGUGACCUGUGUGACCGGAUGUUCAUCAGGAAGCAGGACCUCAAGCAGCACAUGUUCACACAUACACAAGAGCGUCAGAUCCACUGCCCCAAGUGUGACAAACAUUUCUUGAGGACCAACCACCUGAAGAAGCACAUGAACUCCCAUGAGGGCCGCCGGGACUACAUCUGUGAGAAGUGUGAGAAGGGCUUCCUCACCAAAUACCACCUCACCAGACACCUCAAGAUCUGCAAAGGCCCCAAGACUGACCGAGGGGCCCAGGAAGAGGAGGGGGAGGAAGAGGAUGAUGAUGAUGAUGAAGAAGAUGAUGAUGAUGACGAUGAAGAGGAAGGAGAGGAAGUCGAGAGACUGAUAGAUCCAGAUAGCAGAGAAGACUGUGGGUUAGAGGGAUAUGAUUCUGAGAAACCAUUGUCCCCACACAAUUGA